UUUAUAUUUUUGUUUUGCCGUGGAUUUCUAUGGUGGAAAACAAAAGCCUAAGCUGGAAAAGCAAACGCAAAAGUCUCUCUCUCUCCCUCUCUCCCUCUCUCGCAACUGUCCACUUGUGUCUCUGUUCUGCUUCUAUCGCCUUCUCUCAGAGGCCAAUAGCCAGAGAUAGAGUGCAAGCAGGUAGUCAGAGAGGGAGAGGUGGGAGACUAGAGCGCAGCAGAGUGACGGUGCCUGAUUCUGCGCCCUGGUUGGUUCCGUUUUCAUCUAAGGUGGCUUCGUUGCCUCGGCGAUUCUGCUUUCAAACUGGGAAAAAGAUCGAAUCGUCUUUUCUUUUUUUCUUUUUUGGUUUAAUCCCUGCAUUUAUCGUCUCUACAGCUCACUCUGGCAGGCCUUAAAGGAACCUUUCUCUUUAUGUUCUUUCGAUCCUCUAUUGUCUCCUUCCUGUUAGAUCGGUUUGAUUUCAAAUCUAAGAAAAAGAAGAGAAGAGGGGUUUAUCCUGGGAAAAUGCUUUGGGUUAUGCGUUUUUCAGGAUUCUUCUCUGCAGCCAUGAUCAUGAUUAUCCUUUCCCCCUCUCUUCAUUCCUUUCCUCCUGCUGAGGCCAUUCGAUCUUCUCACCUCGACCGCUUGGGAAACCCUACCGCUGCUUUGCCGGACCGAUUCUGCUUUCGACAAGCGACUGUUUUCCGUAAUGCUGAUAAAUGUAGCUUCAGAGAUAACCGAAUCUCAGGGAAAACUGGUGUCUGCAAUCCUUCCUUGGUACAUGUUGCGAUUACACUCGAUGUUGAGUACCUUCGGGGGUCAAUCGCCGCUGUACACUCCAUAUUGCAGCAUUCAUUGUGUCCAGAGAGUGUUUUCUUUCACUUUUUGGUUUCGGAGACCAAUCUGGAAUACCUUGUGAGGUCUACUUUCCCUCAAUUGAAGUUCAAGGUGUAUUACUUCGAUCCAGAGAUUGUGCGAAAUCUGAUCUCCACUUCUGUGAGGCAAGCUCUUGAGCAGCCACUCAAUUACGCGAGGAAUUACUUGGCUGAUCUGCUGGAGCCUUGUGUUCGCAGAGUGAUCUACUUGGAUUCUGAUUUAGUCGUGGUUGAUGAUAUUGUGAAGCUAUGGACUACGAAUUUGGGUUCUAGAACAAUAGGCGCCCCAGAAUAUUGCCACGCAAACUUCACGAAAUAUUUCACGGCGAGCUUCUGGUCGAAUUUGAGGUUUGCCGGUACUUUUAGUGGUCGGAAAUCGUGCUACUUCAAUACUGGAGUAAUGGUGAUAGAUCUGGCUAAGUGGAGGCGGGUCGGUUACACAAAGCGGAUUGAGAGGUGGAUGGAGAUCCAGAAACGUGAUCGGAUAUAUGAGCUGGGAUCACUGCCGCCGUUUCUUUUGGUUUUUUCUGGACACGUGGCGCCGAUUGAGCACCGGUGGAACCAACACGGAUUAGGUGGUGAUAACGUGCGAGGCAGCUGUCGGGACCUGCACCCUGGUCCAGUUAGCCUUCUACAUUGGUCCGGCAGUGGCAAGCCCUGGCUGAGGAUAGACUCGAAGCAACCUUGCCCACUUGAUGCUCUAUGGGCUCCAUACGAUUUGUACGGACACUCACAGUGAGUUGCAGGAGUAGUCGCCGGUAAAUUCCCUCCACUUUUUUGGCACAAUUUAUUUUUUAUUUUUUAUUUUGCUUUUUAAGUUUCUCAUGUGGGCAUUUCUUUCUUUUUCUUCAUUAUUUUGUGUCUUCUCUUAUUAGACCUUACCCAUAUUUCUUUGAUUUUCAUUUUUUUUGGUCAUAAUAUCAAGUCAUUUCUCAGGCGAUUUGUAUUAUAUUCUAUUCUUUUUUUUUUUUUUUGUUAUUUAUGUCUCUGGAAAUAAAGAAGUAUGAAGAUAGAAAAGAAGAAACAAGAAGUUAUUCAAUUU